AUGUCAUCAGCACAACCAAACACUGUUGCCGUCAAUACCACAUCUAAUAAAUAUAACUAUAAGACAAUUGAUGAACUGAAUAAAUUAAUUCAACCAAGUGGUGCUAAAUGGUGCCUCUACGGUGUAAUCAAAUUUCGGCGUGAAAUCAAUCUAAAUUGUAUGCUAAUAGGUAUUUGUGAUCCGACAUCAUAUGGAAAAGGCCAAAAGGGUGCAAGUUGUCUUCUAUAUCGCGAAUCAUUUGCUGGUACAAUUGAGCUUCCUAUUCAGGCAGAAAUUGGACAAUUAAUACGUCUACAUAGAAUGAAAAUUACUAAUUAUAAACCUGAAAGUGGUUGUAUACAAUUAAAAUCUUCUAAUUUUUAUAGUUGGCUUAUAUUUGAUGGAAACGAUGACAUAAGCCAUGAGCCAGUUGCACAAAGCAGUAUUUCUUAUUCAUUUAGCAAUGAUGAUUGCCAAAAAAUUGAUGCGUUACGUGCAUGGUUAUUAUCAUUUGGAGACAAUGAAACUUUACAUCAUGAACUUGAUUUUCAAUUUGCUUUACCAGAGUUAAAAUCAUUUAAUGAUCAAUCAACUCAAACGAUUGAAAAUGAAAUGAAAGAUAACAGUACAACUGCUAUAGCUACUGUAAAAGAUAUUGGUGAAUUAUCAGAAUUCUUUUCCGCUACCGAUGAAAAUGAAUCACCAAAAAAGAGAUUACAUACUGAUUAA